AAACGAUUUCCGAGUGCAUCGAUGGCUCUGUGUGAACGACUGCUCUUUCGGUUGUGAGCACUGUUCCUCUGGCGUGAUCGUAGUCGCCCGCCGCACUCCGAGACCCACUACAGAUGCGCUGGAGACGCAGUUUGCUUUCGCUGACAUCAUGGAUUUUAGUGUAAAGAAACUAGCCUCGGAUGCGGGAGUAUUUUUUUCUCGGGCUGUCCAGUUCACACAGGAGAAUCUAGGCCAGGCGGAGAAGACAGAGUUGGACGCGCACUUUGAAAACCUGCUGGCCAGAGCAGACUGCACCAAGAACUGGACAGAGAAAAUCUUCAAACAGACAGAAUAUCUACUGCAGCCAAACCCAAUCGAUCACACUGGUGCCAGGAUCGAGGAGUUCUUCUACGAGAAGCUCGAUAGGAAGAUCCCGUCCAGGCCCACCAACGCAGAGCUGCUGGGCCAGUACAUGCAGGAGGCAGCCAAGGACUUUGGGCCUGGAACCCCCUACGGAAGUACGCUGAUCAAGGUGGGGGAGUGUCAGCAGCGACUGGGUGGAGCCGAGCGAGAGUUCCUGCAGACGAGCGCCAUCAGCUUCCUCGCGCCACUCCGCAACUUCCUGGAGGGAGACUGGAGGACCAUAUCAAAAGAGCGGCGUCUGCUGGAGAACCGGCGUCUGGACCUGGACGCGAGUAAAGCCCGUGUAAAGAAGGCCAAAGCGGCCGAGGCCAAGGCAGCGUAUGAGGGAGAAGUGAGUAUCAUUGUACACAACACUCAAAUAUCAGUCACGUAUAGUUUGCCAUGUCUGUUUUUUUUUUUUUUGGCGGAUGGAGUUGUUUUCUAACAUUCUGCACACAUUCCAUUUGCAUGGUUUAGAGGUAGCCAUCAUACGAGUGUGAACUAUAGAAGUAGAAAUCAUGUCAUGUUAGUACAUCCUACCCUAUUCUUUAAAAAUGCACAAAUGCACUUUUCCCUAAAUGUGCUCUACACAGUACGUGUUUUGAACAGAUGGCUUAUAGAACACUAAGGCUGCAGUUGUUGCCUCGUUUCCACGGUGACAAGCUGAAUCUAAUUUUCAAAUUGGUUCAGUUGCCUCGUGCCAGCCGUGGGAGGGUUAAUAACAUACGCUGACUUGUUCAUGUGACCACUUAAAAAAGUAAUUAAGAAUGUGACUGGUGUCCCUCAAAGUUCUAGAAGAGAAUAUUCUGUGAUGAUCACAUCAUGUUGCCAUGGGAACUAGAGGUCAUACCCAUGGACAGCGGUGUCAGAGUGGGGAAACUUUAUAAC